AUAAUUAACGUCAAAAUUUCUCAUGAGGUUAAACGGUAAGAUCGGAGGUGGUGGUGGUAAGACUGUGUUAAUAGCCACACAUCAGCAUCUAUUUCUUUUUCUUCCCACAAAGUUUUUUUCUCAAUAAAACAAGAACUAUCAGAGAUCAGAUAAGAGUUAUAGACGAUCAAUCAUAGAGAUAGAGAUCGUUUGAAACAAUGGAUGAAGAGUAUGAUGUGAUUGUUCUUGGGACUGGUCUCAAGGAGUGUAUCCUUAGUGGUCUCCUCUCUGUCGAUGGCCUCAAGGUACUGCAUAUGGAUAGAAACGACUACUAUGGAGGAGAAUCAUCAUCGCUCAACCUCACUCAGCUAUGGAAGCGGUGCAGAGGAAGUGACACUCCUCAAGAAAAUCUUGGAGCCAUCAGAGAAUACAAUGUCGAUAUGAUCCCGAAGUUCAUAAUGGCUAAUGGAACCCUUGUUCAAACCCUAAUUCACACGGAUGUCACCAAGUACCUUAACUUCAAAGCCGUUGAUGGUAGCUUCGUCUACAAGAAGGGCAAGAUCUAUAAAGUCCCAGCCACUGAUGUGGAAGCCCUAAAAUCGCCAUUGAUGGGUCUGUUCGAGAAACGACGUGCAAGAAAGUUCUUUAUCUAUGUGCAAGACUACGAUGAGAAAGAUCCUAAGUCUCACGAAGGACUUGACCUUAGCAAAGUUACUGCUAGAGAGAUCAUCUCUAAAUAUGGACUUGAAGAUGAUACAAUCGACUUUAUAGGCCAUGCCUUAGCCCUACACAACGACGAUGACUACUUGGAUCAACCCGCCAUUGAUUUUGUUAAGAGAAUCAAGCUCUACGCGGAAUCAUUGGCUCGAUUCCAAGGAGGAUCUCCUUACAUAUACCCACUGUACGGUUUAGGAGAGUUGCCACAGGCUUUUGCGCGUUUGAGCGCAGUGUAUGGAGGGACUUACAUGCUAAACAAGCCUGAAUGCAAGGUUGAGUUUGACAGCUCGGGAAAAGCUGUUGGUGUAACUUCAGCGGGAGAAACUGCUAAAUGCAAGAAAGUUGUGUGUGAUCCUUCUUACUUGUCUGACAAGGUUAAGAAAGUUGGGAAAGUGACUCGAGCGGUGUGUAUAAUGAGCCAUCCUAUUCCAGACACCAACGAUGCUCACUCUGUCCAAAUCAUUCUUCCUCAGAAGCAACUCGGCCGCAAAUCAGACAUGUACUUGUUCUGUUGCUCAUACGCUCACAAUGUAGCACCAAAAGGCAAAUACAUAGCUUUCGUCUCUGCAGAAGCUGAAACUGAUAAUCCAGAAGAAGAGCUUAAACCUGGGAUUGAAUUGCUUGGACCUAUUGAUGAGAUCUUCUACCAUUCUUAUGACACAUACGUUCCGACCAAUAAGCAAGAAGAAGAUAACUGCUUCAUCUCUGGUACUUAUGAUGCAACAACACAUUUCGAGAGUACAGUUGCAGAUGUACUGGAGAUGUACACCAAGAUCACUGGAAAGACUCUUGAUUUGUCUGUGGAUUUGAGUGCUGCGAGUGCUACUGCAGACACUUGAUGAUAGUUUAAUUUUGUUGUUUCAUUCAUUCUGUUUUUUUUUUUCUUGCUGGGAUAGUUCUUAGCAGUUGCAAUUGCUUCUAUAAACCUGCAAUAAUUAUGGAUAUUUUUUUCUAUGUAAUACAGUUACAACAUAACAAAUAAAAAUCAAUUAUUUUGUAUAUCAAAAAUAA